AUUUGGAAUCGUCAAAUCAUUUUCGUUAGCACGAGCAACUCUUGAAUGUAUCGACUUCUUUACAGUUACCGGUUGCAGAGGACUGAAGGAGGAAAUGAAACGACGUCGUUUCUUUCGAGCUAUUUCUGCCUUCUAUUGGUCUUGCUCUCCGCCGCCGUCACUGGUCCAGUGUGAUUCCCUCCGAUACUCCAUGGCUUGCAACCAUCUCCUCUCCCACAGACCUUCCUUCGUCCCAUUUUCCUCUCUCUGCAACUUCCCAAUUCAUCAUGUCCUCCAUGAGAGAUUAACACUUGCAUUGCGUUCUCCGACUCGCAGCACUCCGAUGCGAUACAGUACACGCUCCGUGCUGGCCAGUGCCAGCAGCUUCACCUGGGACGAUGUCUUUCGAAUUACCAAGUCAGGCGAUUUUUCAUCAGAUCUCCGAGGCUUUUUCGAUAAGAUCAGAAUCUGCAACCGCGGAUCAGAAAUGCAAUCUGAGUUCAUCCCUUUUGUUAUCGAAGGCCAAAUCGUUGGGUGCAUUCAUAACGGUUUUGCUGACCAUUUAAAGAGAUUCCAGGAUGUGUUUAUUUUCCAUAGCUGCCAUUCUAAUGGCUAUGUCUCGCUACAUUCAUUAUUGAGGACACCUGAGGAUAGGACUAGAGCAGUUGGAGAUGUAGUCAAAUGCUUAGGUGAAGAACUGAUUCCAGGUAUUAGGAAUGAGCUGUAUCCCGUGACAUCUUCUUUUGGGACUCCUAUAUUUUUCUCAUUAGAACGUGCAGCAGCACCUUAUUUUGGGAUAAAGGCUUAUGGAGUACACAUGAAUGGCUAUGUGGAAAGAGGGGGUCAAACAUUUCUGUGGAUAGGAAAGAGAAGCCAAGAGAAACCCACUUAUCCAGGGAUGCUAGAUCAUCUAGUUGCUGGAGGACUGCCUCAUGGGAUGACCUGCGGGGAAAAUCUAAUGAAAGAAUGUGAAGAGGAAGCGGGAAUACCUAGAUCCAUUUCCAAUGGAGCUAUACCAGUUGGCGCUGUCUCCUAUAUGGACAUUGAUGGGUAUAGAUACAAAAGAGACGUUUUAUUUUGUUAUGAUCUAAAGCUCCAUGAAGAUUUUAUUCCUAAGAAUCAAGAUGGGGAGGUAGAGAGUUUCAAGCUGAUCCCUGUAAAAGAUGUUGCGAACAUCAUCCGCAGAACACAGUUUUUCAAGCCAAACUGCUCUCUUGUCAUUAUUGAUUUCCUGUUUCGACAUGGGCACAUUAAUCCAGAAGAUUUCAGAUAUUUGGAGCUGCUUGGAAGUCUGAGGAGUGGGGAUUGCUCUUAAAUGUGCUUUUCCUAGAGAACAAGUUUAAAGAGAGGGGUAAGCCCUAAAUUAGUCUGAAUGGGAAAGAACAUCAUGCUGUGGAUCCUUAAUAACUGGCCUAAAGGUAUUUUGUCGUAGUUUUUCGUGUGUAGGUGUUGUCUUUCUUGUAUCGGAAGUAGGAUUAAUCACUACUCUAGUAAUGAAUAACGAUAGUUCGGGUAUACGCUCUGCUGUAAUUUUUGAACCUAAGAGUGUAUCUUUGUUGUUUAACAGGUAUUCUAAUAACGAAAGCAGCAGUGCAUUUGCUUUUUCA